GACUUCCCCUGCUCUCGCAUGGGAUCGACAAUGGGCCAUAACUACUGGGCUUGGGCUGCUCGGUAGCCAGGCAACACGGCAACUACAAAUACAAGGGAUAGAGUUACGAACAACUUGGCUAGGAACUGGACGGCUUCGGCCUCCUCUGCUUCUGUAUCUCCUCCCUCUCGUGUUCCUCUCCUCUGUAAUGGCUAGACCUUGGUGAAUCCAUGGCUUGUAGUUCUAAUUGAUGAGGAAUAGAUCUCUGUGAGAAGAGUGCUGUUAACAAUUGGUAUUCAGAGCCAAUCGAUUCCUCCACGCAAAAUCCACACAAAAUUUCCCCACCGUAAUCGAUCUCCAGCCAUGUCAUGGGGAUCAGCUUGGGCUGGCCGCCCUGAUCGAGUGUUCACGUCGGUGGAGGACCCGCAGCAGCGACGCCUCGCCGAGUGGAUGGACCAAGACAAGCAGGCGCGGCAUCGCGCCGAGUUUGGCAUCCGUAUUGCAGCCAUCGCGGCGCAGGUGGCUUCCGAGAUGUCGGCGGCGGUAGCAUCGGAGGUGUCGGCUGCCGUUGCCGCGGCGCUACAGUCUGCGCGGGCGGGGCACCACGAGUACCUCGACCUUGAGUCCACGACCACAUCGACCCCAACUGCUCCAGUGGCGGACGACCUCGCCUCUCCCACCGCAGCAUCAAAUUUGUCCGAGGUCAUCGUCGGUGUCGUCACCGAGUGUGGCUGCACCGACCUCGAGCCCACGGCCGCGACCUUAACUCUGACCUCCGCACUGGACAUCUCGGGCGCCUGUUCAGCGAUGAACUCGCUCGCGCUCCCUACAACCAGUGGCUGCUCCGCCGUGGUGCACACCACGUGUUCGACGCAAUGCGCAAGCCGCACCGUCACCAUGUCGGUGUCAGCGACAGCUCCAGCCACAAUGUCAGCUUCGUCCAAGGUCACCGGCGAUGUCGUUCCCGAGCUCUGCUGCCUUGACCUUGAACCAUCAGAUGUCCUCGAGCUUAUCAGAACGCCGCCCAAGUGUUCGACAGAAGGUUUGAAUGACGACCCCGUGGUCAUGCAUGAAUAGCAGGAGCGCUCCAAGGAAUAUGAACAUUCAGUACAAGAUGCCAACAUGCCCUGUGUGCUUCAUGUCAUCAACAGUUGUGAGUUCCCUGGAACUACCAACCAGGUCAAAACUGCAGCCCUUCGCCCAACUAAAUCAAUCACCGAGCACAAGCUAAUUGGUGUGGAUUCACUGCACACACCGUGGACUCCAGCGAGGAGCACAACUUGUAGAAUGUUCAACGUGCAAGGUACACUGUAUGUUAUGCAGUUAUCAGGGGAAUUGCAAGACUUGGAAACAGUGGAACCUACAGGGAGUGCACCUCUCACUGUGAUUUAUAGUGUUCCUGGAGUUCAAACGGCACGGCUGAAUCCAACUGUAUUCAAGUGGUCAGAUCUUUUUUGUUUUGCCACACAAUUUCUUAGUGCAAGCACUCUUGAUUUAUUACUAGCGAAGCGAGAUGCACCUACUAUGAUUGGGAAUUUGUGCUGUGAGAUUCAGAGCAGGGGAAUAAUAAUAGAGAGACCAUAUUGGCAAUUGAUUGCGGAAGUAAGUUUGGAAGCACUCAAGCUUUCAUGGCUGCCACCUCAAGGUAUUAUUUGUGUACCACUCAGAAUUUCUCUGCUGAAGAAAUCAAUUGGCAUAUCUCGACAAUUCUAUUGGGAGGGUACAAAUUCUUUUGCAGUAGUGUGGGCACUGACUUUGCAAGUGUACGAGCAUAAGAACAGAUGCAGUUUACUAGAACAUGAUACAUCAGUGGUGCUCCUUAUUGCUCAUGGUACUACUAUCGUUCAGUGCAUCCUUGUGCAUCAGGAGAGGUCCAUUGGAAGUUUGAAGAUUGAUAUGUCAACUAGAGAUAUAAUUGCAGCAUUACAUAGGAAGAAGCCAAGGCCUUGUUGGACGACAUUUUUCUAUGGCCACCAGUUACACUAUUCUGACCAGUCAGAUUCAGUUACAAAUGUUUUUCAGAACCAGCACAGAACUGAAUAUUCUAUUGGAAGAGUCAUUCUUGAGGAUUUCCAGUGGGCACCUGCUUGGUCCUUUUCCAUGGAGUUUUUGCUAUUUGGAGAUGAAUGUUCGUUUGAAGCUCUGUUGGGCUUCCACAUCUAUAGUGCGUGUUUGUUGGAUAAAAGCAUGGGGAUCACUCUAGGGAGCGAUGCAAGCUGCGGUGAAUGCAUAAUAAUCAGUCCUUGCCGUCCCCAAUUUCAACCCGAACCAUGUGAAGGUACUUGUUUCUAUAGCUUUCGUGUUGUAGUUUUUUCACGAGUUGUUCCUGCGAUGAGGCUUGCAUACUUUGAGAGGCCUGGAAUGGGGCUAUAUCAGGAAUAUAUGCAGCUGAUUGGUAUGAUUGGGAGGCAGGUUCCUGCUCUUGAUUUGUGGGCUACCAGAAUUGUGUUCCAGCCAAGGGAAACAGAGGGCGUGCAGCCUAGCGCAUAUUCCUUCUGUUUGGAAAUUUCCUUUCAACACCGCCCAUGUUUCCAACGAACAAGUUUCCAGUUCAGGAGGUGUGCUACUCUGAACCUCUCAACCACAAGCUUGGUAAUGGCAGUGGCCUUUCCACCGGUAUUUGAAGAGGGACAGACAAGUGCCAUGCUCUGUAUGGACCAGAUGAUGAUGAAAACUGGGCAUGUUAUUCAAUGUGGUCUGGAGUAUGUCCAAUGGGAGAUUGCACGGUCACUUAACUUGAAGUACAUGGAUAUCAUCAAACAGUCCAAGCAACAAAUUCUUGCCGCAACAUACCCUGAGUUAUAUUUUUCAUGGGAUCCAGGCAAUGUCGUAGCACAAAAUAUCCUGCUUCCAACCAGACCAUGGGCUCUGGCAUCAGCCAAUCGACAUGUUGCUAGGAUCUCCUCUUAUGUGCCUGUUCUUGGGGGAGAAUUCUUUGCUCCAUGGAAUAAUGGUAGCUGCAACAGGGGGAGCUGUCAUUGCAGAGUGCUAGUCUAUCUUCACAUGGACGAGUUCAGUUGCCUAAGAAUACAGUAUCCUAACGGCAAAAGGCUCAUCGGGGAAGAGUGUUCCUAUGAAAGAUUUCCUGGCCAAUGGUUCUGGAGCACUCUACUAUUGACAAGACACCUAAUUCCUGUAGAAACACUGAGGUCCUUCGCACAAGCUAAAGCUACAGCAGGGAUGAAGGUUGAAGCUCCAACCUUCUAUUGCGUCUGCUACCUUGGCCAAGACCCCGACGGCCACAACUACUACAUCGUCCUCAUUCAAGUGCAUCCCGUCAUUCGACUACGGCUACCACGACGAGCCCAUUACCACCAGCAAAAUUCAAGUGCCAUGGGAUCCUGGUGGUUCAACAUGGCGUCGGCUUGAGGUCAAGCCGAAAAUUAAGGAGGGGGGAAUGUUAGCGACUUCCCCUGCUCUCGCAUGGGAUCGACAAUGGGCCAUAACUACUGGGCUUGGGCUGCUCGGUAGCCAGGCAACACGGCAACUACAAAUACAAGGGAUAGAGUUACGAACAACUUGGCUAGGAACUGGACGGCUUCGGCCUCCUCUGCUUCUGUAUCUCCUCCCUCUCGUGUUCCUCUCCUCUGUAAUGGCUAGACCUUGGUGAAUCCAUGGCUUGUAGUUCUAAUUGAUGAGGAAUAGAUUUCUGUGAGAA